AUGUGGCGUCCAUGGGAGAAUAAUGCAUUAGAAAUUGUUGAGAAUAAUGAAGUAGAAAUUGUUGAAGAAAAUGAGGAAAUUCUACCACCAAAUAAUCCUGAAAAUACUGCUGGACCAAGUAGAGGAAGUAUUAAAAAGCCAGAAAGAAAACAUUUAUCCAAAGACGCUAAAGAAAUUGUGUUAAAUGUGUUUAAUGGAUUAUGUGAAGAACUGGAACGGCACGAGAGUUUUUUAAAAACUGCGGCUUUAACAAAAGUUUCAUGUGCUACUGUAUAUCGAAUUAUAAAGGAGGGCAUUACAAAUAGACAAAAAAGGAGCGACUCUGGACUACAUCGAUCUAUUGAGCAACAUCUUUUAGGUCCCAUUUCAGAAACCAUUUAUAAUAUGUUUGCAGGUAAUAUUAUACCCACACUUAACCAAAUUUUAGCUGAAUUAAAAUCUAAAAAUAUUAUUAAUUGCUGUAAAUCAACUUUAAGAAAAUUUUUACUAUCAAAUGGUUUUAAGUAUAAAACAAUCAAUAAACGACAUACUAUAAUGGAAAGUGCCCGUUUAAUAAAAUGGCGUAAUGAAUAUUUGGAAAAGAUAACCGAGUACAGAAAUAGCGGAAGAAAAAUUUAUUACUUAGAUGAAACGUGGUUUGACACUAACGAAACAAUUGGCAAAGGUUGGAGUAAUGACAAUGUAAAGUGCAAAGUCAAUGUACCACCUUCCAGGGGCAAACGAAUAUGCAUUUUGCAUUGUGGAGGGGAAGAUGGUUGGGUAACCGAUAGCUUACUAUUAAGUGCAAAAGACAUUAAAGACAGUUAUUUGGACUAUCAUCAAGAUAUUACGGGUGAACUUUUCGAAUCGUGGUUUAAAAAUAACUUAUUACCAAAUUUAGCAGACAACAGUGUUAUUGUUUUAGAUAAAGCAUCAUAUCAUUCUAGACAACUUAAAAAAAUUCCGAAUAAAUACUCUAGAAAGGAUGAAUUGCAAGAUUUUUUAUUAUCACAAGAUUUAUAUUUUGAAGAUUGGUACACUAAAGACCAAUUAGUAGAGGUACUUAAUACAAAAUUAUUUGUAAAGGAAUAUAUUAUUGAUAAUGCAGCAAGUAAAAAUGGACAUACAACUUUAAGACUACCACCAUAUUACUGCGUUUUAAAUCCAAUAGAGUUGUUAUGGUCUCAACUGAAAUAUAAUGUGAGACAAAAAAAUCUAAAAAAGAAAAGACCCAGUGCACAGUUGCCAUGGCAGCGCACGAUGACACAAUCAAAUUCCGUCAACAAACAAAAGAUAAACGACCUAACCUAA